AUGGUUCUGGAUCAGAGCGGGAAGUGGGACCAGGAGAAAUGUGAACAACGGUUCCAGUUCGUCUGUCACCAAGAUAUUCCUGAUGAGGUGAAAAUGAAAAGAAUCAAAGUGAAGCUCCGUCUGAGUUCUGGAUCCGCUGAUCUCACUGACCCCAAGAUCCACAGGGCUCUGCUCUCCCAGAUGGAGCAGAGGCUGGAGAUGUCUGGAGUGUCAGGGGUGAGGCUGGUGCUGGGAGAGUGUGUGAAGGAGCCUGAGACAGCGCCCCCUGCAGACCCGGAGCUGCGCUGCACAGACUCAGUCCAUAACUAA